UUCAAAUCCUUCUUCUCUAGUGAAAAUUGACAGUCCACUAAUACGAGACAGCGACCUCCCGGUCAACACCAGCCGCUUCCUCCGCAUCCAACCUGCUGAAGAUAUCCUGAAAAAUAUCGGAAACACCGUCCCAUAAAAACAAGGGAGGGCCACCCCCAAGGCACUCAACCCCACACACUUCGUCCCCCCCGCCCUCUUCCCUGAUCCCACGAACGAGAGCUAGGAAGAGAACAAAAUAAAACACCAAGACCAAGGAGAAAAGAUGGCAGCCAUGGGGACGGCUCUCUUCUUUCUGAUGCUGGUCUCUUUGGCCGUGGAGGGAGUGUGGGGUGGUAGUGAUGAUGGGGAGAGGCCGCUCAGCGCCUCCACGCUCGAGAUGUUCGUGGACGAGCUUCCCGAUAUGCCCAGGCUCCGAGGGUACGAGGUCCAAGACGGCGUUCCGGUCGCCGGUAAUCUCACCAUCGGCAUGUACGAAAAGACGUGGGUCAGUCCCCUUGCUCCCCAAAUUCCACCGGGACCUCCCGGCGUCGCGCGUCUUCGCUUUCGGCACCUCCAAGGAAACCGCUACGGUGCCGGGCCCCACCAUCGAGGGCCUCCAGGGCGUCCCCACCCACGUGACGUGGACCAACUACCUCCCCUCCCGCCACAUCCUUCCCUGGGACCCUACGCUCUCGGCUCCACGCCCUCGCACCGGCGGCGUCCCCACCGUCGUCCACCGCCACGGCGGCGUCCACCCCCCGCACUCCGACGGCCACUCCUUCGCGUGGUUCACCUCCUCCUUCUCCUCCACCGGCCCCAAAUGGUCUCGCCCCACCUUCUCCUACCCCAACGCCCAGCCCCCUGGUUCUCUCUGGUACCACGACCACGCCAUGGCCCUCACCCGUGUCAACCUCCUCGCCGGUCUCUUCGGCGCCUACUCCCUCCUCGCCCCCGCCCUCGAAUCCCCCCUCCGCCUUCCCUCCGGACCCCAAUUCGACCUCCCCCUCGUCGUCUUCGACCGCAGCUUCCUCUCCGACGGCUCCAUCUACAUGAACUCCACCGGCAACAACCCCGACAUUCACCCCCAGUGGCAGCCGGAAUACUUCGGCGACGCCAUCAUCGUCAACGGCAAGGCCUGGCCUUUCCUCGCCGUCCGCCGCCGCCGGUACCGCUUCCGGAUCAUCAACGCCAGCAACGCCCGCUUCUUCCGCUUCUUUUUCACCAACGGACUCCGAUUUGUCCACGUCGCCUCCGAUUCCGUCUACCUCCCAAGACCGGUGAGCUCCAAGAAAUUCCUCCUCGCCCCGUCGGAGAUCGCCGACGUGAUCGUCGAUUUCUCCCAAUCUGCGAACGAUUCGGCGAUCCUCGCCAACGACGCGCCGUACCCGUACCCCUCCGGCGAUCCAGCCGACGAGAUCAACGGCCGGGUGAUGAAGUUCGUGAUCGGGCGGCAGAGGGAGGUGGAUUCGUCGCGGAUCCCGGAGAGCCUGCUCCGGUAUCCUGCGCCGGCGGUGCACCAGGUGGCUGAGACGCGGUACAUUGCGAUGUACGAGUACGAGAGCGCGACGGGGGAGCCGACCCGUUUAUACCUCAACGGGAAGUCUUUCAUGGAGCCGGCGACGGAGACGCCGAGGGAGGGCAGCAGCGAGGUGUGGCACGUGAUUAAUCUGACGGACGACAACCACCCGCUGCACAUACAUCUCGCGGUGUUCGUGGUGCUGGAGCAGCGGGAGCUGGUGGACGAAGACCGGUUCAAGGACUGUAUGAUGAAAUUGAACGAUGCGAUCAAGUGCCGCGUGGAGGAUCAUGCGAUUGGGAAGAGAUACAGUGUGCCGCGGUACGAGAGAGGGUGGAAGAACGUGUUCAAGAUGAGGCCCGGGUGCGUGACAAAGAUCCUGGUCCGGUUCAGUCCCCUCGAGCCCGAGAUGGGGACGUAUCCUUUCAAUUCGACCGAGGAGCCGGGUUACGUUUAUCACUGCCACAUUUUAGAUCAUGAAGAUAAUGAGAUGAUGAGGCCUUUAAAACUCAUACCUUGAGAGGAUCUGCUGGUGGAUCAAAAGCUUCGAGUUUUGUUUAAAGAGAUAUUCAAUUGCUAAAGAAGAAAGAAGAAAGGCAACUAUGCUUUUUAUGGCUGUAAACUAUCAUGAUGAUAUUAAAUGUAAAUUGACCUUACAGAGGUGAUAAAACAUAUUCUACUACAUAACAUCAACUCACCUAA